GCUGCGGGAGUGGACUCAGUGGUAAUAUGGCCGCGGACCAGAUAUGUUGUCAGGACGGAUUUUAGUCCUUGUUAGGGUUUUGGCCCUCUGUAUGGCCAUAGCCGUCAACGGCGUGUCCGGUACUUUCUGCGAUUUCGAGAAGGCCUGCAGCUGGAAACCGGAGCCUGGAUUCAAAGUAGUCACGGGCCAGGAAGUCAAUAACAGUUGGAUACCGGGUGAUGGUCAGUUGGGCGGACCCUUCUCCGACGCAGACAACAAUACUCAUGGCCAUUUUCUUUACCUUUUGGUAAAAAAGCCGUCAACUACGACAAAAGAAUACCACAUCACAUCACCGGAAUACCCGAGAACGGCUGACAAAUGCCACCUCUCCCUUUGGAUCCACAUGAGCAAUAUGAUCGGAGGAAACUUGAAAGUCGUCCUUGUGAACUCAAACAAGACCUCUUGGUUCGACAAAGAAAAAUAUGGAAACAACAAUAAUUCAUGGGAAAACCAUUCUUUCAACAUUGGAAGAAUCACUCAACCAUUCACUAUUAUACUUGUCGUGACCCACACGCAAAGAAACAGGUAUCCACUCCACGUUGCAAUUGACAAUAUUAGACUUCUGGACUGUUUCCCAGGAGGGCCUUUCAAAUUGUUCAAACAAUUGAAUUCAUACAAAGAGAGACCAAGGGAAGAACACUCCACUCCAAAAGAAUGUUCGCCAGUAAGUCAGUUUCAAUGUUACAACAACGCAUGUAUAGAAGCAACGAGAGUGUGCAAUAUAGAGUUAGAUUGUCCUAAUGGGGAAGAUGAAGAGCAAGACUGCUCCGAAGUGCCACAUUUUGCCAGGUGUGAUUUUGAAGAAGACACUUGCGGAUGGCACAAUAAAAAUGGCAACCAUUUGAAGUGGAUAAGAAAUAAAGGUAUGACAGCCACACCCUCGACAGGCCCAAGUAACGAUCACACAUUUCAAAAUUCAUCAGGUUAUUAUAUGUAUGUUGAUAUGUCUGGGAGGAAAUAUGAUAUGGGAACUCCUUCAGAAUUAGAGAGCCCAAUAUUUGACCCUCCACCUACUUGUCACAAUAACAACUCAUCCCCUUAUUACAACUCAUGUUAUAUUUCAUUUUUCUACCACAAAUAUGGCCCUCAUAGUGGAUCACUGGGUCUUUUUUUAGUUGAAUUGCAAAGAACAAACAUUACAUCUAAACUAUGGUGGAGCUAUGGUGAUAAAGGCAAUAAAUGGAUUCGCCAGGUUGUAAGACUUCCUAAUAUAACACAUAGAUACUAUUUCCAAUUUGAAGCUCGAAAAAGUUUUGCAUCAAGAGGUGAUCCAGGAAUUGAUGAUAUUUCUCUGAGCCCAAAAUGUUUUGGGAUUGGGAUUCCACCAGCCCAUCUUGGGGGUUAUGUUUAUGGGUCAUCAACAAUAACACCAGUUUUAACGACCCCUCCUGAAGUCCAUCCUGACUUUGCAAAUUCAACAUAUUAUCUCUUUGGGACUUGUGGAGCGAAAGGAAGAUAUGGCCCUGACCAAGACAACUGCACUGAAGCUUAUAAUAACACCGAUGUGACUAUAAAAGUCAUGAAAGAAAAACUUCUCCAGGGUGUACAGCAAUGGACAGUCCCUCACAAUGGAAUUUACACAUUAAUUGCAAGAGGAGGCAGUGGUGGAAGAGGAAGUGGUGGGCUUGCAGAAUCAAGAGGAGCUAUGGUUCGAACUGUAUUAGAACUUAAAAAAGGACAACAGCUCUAUAUACUUGUUGGUCAGGAAGGGAAUGACGCCUGCAAAAAGGACAUGGCAGCAAACAGAUCGUCAGUUUGCAAUUUAAGAUCUAAUACUAGUAAAAAGGGAAUAUUUAAUGCUUUGAAAGAAAUUAAAAAACUAACAUAUUUACCUGAGGGUGGAGGUGGAGGUGGAGCAACAUAUGUAUUCACUAUGUCUCAGAAAAAUAAAGAGAAAAAACCAGUCAUUGUGGCUGCUGGGGGAGGUGGUCUAAGCCAUAAUUCAAUAAUUGGUGAAGUAUUACAAUAUGGACAUGGAAUAAAUGUAUCAUUGCAAGCAAUAACUGGGGAUGCUAGUGGACUAGUACCUGCCGGUGCGGGUGGUGGUUGGAAAAGUGGAAAUCUAACAUAUAGAAUUACUACUGGCUUGGCACUCUUGCAAGGAGCAGUAGGAGGAGGAGCUUGUUAUGAAACAAUAGAUAAUUCAGAUAAAGGUGCUGGUGGAUUUGGAGGUGGUGGUGGUGGUUGUACGUCAGGAGGAGGCGGUGGUGGUUAUUCAGGUGGAAGAGCAUGGGCAGGAAAAAGCACAGUUGGAGAAGGGGGUUAUUCAUGGAUUGAAACGGGUUCUCACAGGAUGACAUGGAUCGCACAAAACCGAGGACCUGGAGCACUUUAUGUCAUACCUGCAAUUGAAGGAUGUGGAUGUGAUUUUCUAUGCAUUGCUUUGGAUACAUACAGAUCAAAAGUGGAAUGCAUUUGUCCUGCAAACUGGCAUUUAUCCAAUAAUUCUGUUCAAUGUUUAAUGAACCCAUUGAAAGAAACUGAGAUGUCUUUCAAAAUGAUGUUAGGAGUUAUGAUCAUUUCUUUUCUUCUCAUCUGUCUAGCCUGUUUAUGUAUUUAUUUGUACAAUCGUUAUCAAAGGACAAAAGUUGCCAUGAUGAGAAGUAAAACGCUUUCCGGUCCUGAUUUACAGUUGAAUAGACUUAGGGUUGCUUCUAACAGCAUGAUGACUGAAUAUAAUCCAAACUAUGAAUUUGGGGGUGGUGUGUACAGUCUAAGAGAUCUCAAAGAAAUACCAAGGGAACACUUGAGGCUUGUCAAAGCUUUGGGGCAAGGUGCUUUUGGUGAAGUGUAUCAGGGUUUUUUUAAAAAUAGAGCUGGAGAUGCUGUUGAAAUGCCUGUAGCUGUUAAGACAUUACCUGAAUUAUCAAGCAGCCAGGCAGAAACAGAUUUUCUAAUGGAAGCACUGAUAAUGAGCAAAUUUAAUCAUCCGAAUAUUGUCCAUUUCAUUGGUGUUUGUUUUGGUGAACAUCCAAGAUUUAUAGUAAUAGAGCUUUUAGCAGGUGGUGACCUUAAGACAUUCUUAAGAGAAGCUCGACCAAAACCUGACAGAGCUGCACCAUUAACAAUGAAAGAUUUGUUAAAUUGUAUAAUAGAUGUAGCAAAAGGUUGUAAAUAUAUGGAAGAAAAUAGGUUUAUUCACAGAGAUAUAGCAGCAAGAAACUGUCUUUUAACGAGUAAAGGCCCUGGUAGAGUUGUAAAAAUUGCUGAUUUUGGUAUGGCUAGGGAUAUUUACAGGGCUGAUUAUUACAGAAAGGGUGGCAAAGCAAUGUUACCAAUAAAAUGGAUGCCUCCAGAAGCAUUCAUGGAUGGAAUUUUUACUACAAAGACUGAUGUUUGGUCGUUUGGAGUUUUAAUGUGGGAAGUAAUGUCAAUGGGCUAUAUGCCUUAUACAGGGUGCACUAACCGAGAGGUGAUGCAGUUAGUUACAAAUGGAGGUAGGCUGGCACCACCAACUAACUGCCCGAGUCAGCUUUAUGGAAUCAUGACACAAUGUUGGCAACCAAACCCUGACAAUAGGCCUGGAUUUCCUUUAAUUCUUGAACGCUUAGGAUAUUGCAUGCAGGAUCCAGAUGUAAUAAAAGCACCACUUCCUGAUUACACAAAACCUCCACCAUCAGAACUCGAUACAACAAUAAUGAGGCCCUCGGCCCUGGAGGAGUGCAUUCAGCCAGAUUACCUUGUCCCUCUUCCAGGGCCACCAGAGUGGGAUUUAACCCAACAAUUACCCGAAUCUAGAUCUACCCAUCCUCUACUUGAACAUUCUUCUACUAGCAAUACAUCACCACCUGCCACUACAAACAACAAUAACCAAACUACAGACCCUUCGGUCAUACCUGCCAAUAAACCUCAUCUUGUCGACCAUACUGAUCAACCCGUUUACAUAGUGUCUUCUAAUAUAAAACAAGAUGGAGAAGUGUCAUGCUAAAUUUUGAAAAUAUGAUGUGAAGAAUGAGAAACUGCAUAUUUUUGAGAAGAUUUACUUUUGUAAUAAUUUUUGAUGGCAAGCUGGACAAAAUGAGAAGCCAGUGUAGUACAGGGUAAACUGAACGUUUUAAUUUACUUUUAUUCACGUUCAGAAUAUAUUUUUAUUCAGAGGUGAGAUAAAAGAUAUAACGUAAUCGACUGUUAUAUGUAGAUAACAGAUUUAUUUCAAAGACUUGGAUUGUAUAAAAUAGUUUACUCCAAGUCCAUAAAUAUAAGAAAAAUAUAUCUCAGGAAUGAUCAGUUAAAAGGGGGAAACGGGUGUAAUUAAAACCAUAAUUAUCCUGAGAUUAAAUUCUUAAAGCAUAUUUAAAUCUUUAAGAAAAGGUGAUGCUUUAUUUUUGAGGUAUCCAAGAUAUCAGAAUAAUACACAUUUAUUCAAUAAAUGUAGCUAUAAAAGCUUUAGUCACUGCUCACAACUGAAUAUAUAUUUUCAGAAUCUGGAAUAAACUGAAUGUAAAGAUAAGAAUAAAAUUUGUUAGACACAAGUAUAAUUUAAUUUGUAAUUGUACAGACAAUGUAUGGGAGUUGUAAGUGUUAAUAGUUUUAAUUGAAAACUUGAAAAUAAACAAGUAACAAAAAGGGCUUAUGUGUACAAACUAUCUUUGAUAAGUUCCAGGAACAUGAACGGCCAAAUAAUACCUAUAUGUACAAAGUUAAUAAGAAAGUUGAUGAAUGAAAAGAUGAUAUUUAUAGGUACAAAUCAAAUUUUUGUACUUCAACAUAUUUGGCAAUGACUGAUAUGGAAGAGUAGAUUAUAAAUCAACUAAAUAGAAUAAUAAGAUUGUCAUUAUAUGUAUAUUCAUCAAUGUAGUGUAAAAUAUAUAAUAAUAUCACAAUAAUUAAAAUGUUUUUCUGCACAAAAUUUAUAAAGUUUGUGCAUUUAAACUCAUAAUAAAAUAAGAUGCUUAAUUAAUGUGAUCUUAGUAUAUAUUAAUAUAUACAUAGUUAAUUGUAAUGAUGAAACACAUAAGGGUAACUUUUUUUCUAUUAAAAAACCUUGCAUUUAUAAAUCUUAUAAUUACAAUUAUGAUGUAUUAUUUUAUGAUAUUAAUUUACCAAAUUGUGAUUACCGGUAUAGAGUUGCUAAACUCAUUUUACCUAAGUUGUUAUAUUUAUUAUCGUAACAAUUAAAAGAUUGUUGUUAUUUAUUGUAAAUGCUUAAUAUGUUUUUAAGUUUGUGUUUAUACUAUAAUUUAUAUUUGUUACAUGUUUGUGCACUUAUAUCCUAAUUUUGCUCAAUAUAAAUAUUUGUUAGAAACUUUGCUAAUAUUCUCAGUAAGACUAUUUUUGUCCAAUACUUAAUGAGGCAUGUCUAAUUAUUAUCGCAGAUAAUGUUGAAGGUCAGGAAGUUUGAUCACCCAACACUCAUCAACAAUGUGAAAUUCAUUAUAAGAGAAGAGGUGGACCAAUUUAAUCGAAGACAAUCAAACUUCAUCUGCUAUUUAAAAAAGCUAAACUAUAGUUGUGUAAUUUCAAGUAAUAGGGAUUCUUGCUUAAUAUGACCUGUAAGUAUUUCGAUCGGUUUCAGUUUUGUAACAGUGGAUAGUGUUGUUGUACGCUAGUAUCGCGUAAUUUACUUUAUUUUUUAUUGUUUCUUUUUGAAAAUGUUCUUCAUUGUUUAAGAGUCGAACAUGUUCGAUUAGUGUAGAGUGAAAGCGUUCUAUUACUCCAUUUGAAUCAGGGUGUUGUGACGAAAUAAAGUGUACAUUAAUUUUGUAUAGUUUCAGGAGUUCUACAACAAGAGUAUUGUUAAAUUCCACUCCGUUGUCUAGUAUUAUUUGUUCUGGUGUAUUAUGCCUACUGAAAUGUUUAAUUAAUUUGUUGACUACUUCUAUCGCUUGCCCGGAAUUAAUUUUGUAGGCUUGUGCAAAUCGUGAAAACGUGUCGAUAAUUGUAAGAAAUUUCGUGUUAUCUAGUGUUAUGGUGUCAAUGUGUACUAUUUCAAACGGUUUUGUCGGUGUGGGUGUAAUGUUGAAUUUCAGUUUGAGGGGCCUUCGGUCAUAUUUUACCAAUAGGCAAUUUUCGCAUUGAUUAAUAAAAGUUUGUAUAGAUUUUCGUUGGUUAGGCCAAUAAUAUAGUCUUUUAAUUGCACUAUUAGUUUCGUCGAUUCCCCGAUGAUUUGUUUUACCUACGUGGUAAUUUUCGAUUAUUUCUUUUAUUUCAUCCUUUGAUUCAAUAUCCAUUAAUUUUUCUGUAUACUUAGUAAAAUUGAUUUCGGCAUCUUUGAAAUAUAUUGCCAAUGUGUUACUAAAUUUUUCAUAGAUGUCAUUUUCAAAAUACAAACCAUAUUUAGUUUUUGGAAUUAUAUAGGAUUAUAAAAUUAAUAACAUCUUUUUCUAAUUCGUUUUUUGAAAAUUGUACCAAUAUGCGUUGCUUUAAGUUGUCGAAUAAAUUGACAACCUUGGGUUUGGCAGGGGCACAUUCUACUUCCGAAAUAAAUAUUUGAUUUUUUAUUAUGUUAAUUGGUCCUUCUAAUAUGGGUGUAUUUACUACAGUAUUACCAUUAAAAUUGGAAUGCAUUGUUGCAUCUUCAUCGGUUGGUUCAUCUUCGUCUAUAUUUACUCUCACGGAUUCGUUGUCUGAGUGAAGUUGAUCAGUAUUGGAUUGUUGAAAUUCUAGGUCAUUUGGAGUUAGAUUCAGGUCUUCUAAGUUUUCUUCCCUGAGUUCAUGGUGUUUAGUAUAAAAUUCUUCUAACAGUUCGUCUAUACUCAUAUCAUCCAAGUUGUCUAUGUCUUUUGUUUCAUUAGCAUUUAUUUCUACUCUAGAUAAUGCGUCAGCUACAACGUUUUCCGAUCCUUUUUUUGUAAAUUAUUUCAUAGUUAUAUUCUUCUAAUUUCAAUCUCCAUCUUAGUAGUUUAGAGUUCAGUUCUUUUAGUGAAAAGAGCCAUUGUAGUGGUCGAUGAUCACAAAAAAUUUUGAAUCGUCUUCCAAAAAGAUAGGAUCUGAAAUAUUUCGUAGCCCAUACUAUGGCUAGAAGCUCCUUUUCUAAAAUUAUAUUAUUUCUUAGGAGUUCUAGGCAUGUUGAAACGGAGGGGUGGCUGUGUAAGAAAGACGAGCACCCCCCUCUCCAACAGAAUAUUAGUCACGAUUCUAAUUUUUUUAAGUACAUCACACCAAUGGUGACCAAAUUUUUAGACAGUUCAUUAGAUUCUUUGUCCAACUCUUGUGAAAGUAGUUCUCUUUCUUCCAAUGAUAGUAUCCUUCCGUUAAGUCCUUUUAGAAAACUCCAAUCGAAUACCUUGGCUGUAUUUUGUAAAACGAUGUCCAUGCCUGACAAUUCAUUGAAAAUAGAAUUUACUGGCCAAUUAAAUGAUAAUUCCAAAACUUCAGACCUUGAAAGUUCCUGUAAUGACUCAAACAAUCAGACAACUGAAGAACAAACUUGGGACAAAAGCAAAAACGAAAAAUAUAAUAACUCAACAGCAAAUGACAUAAAUUGUGCAUAUGAAGAAAAAGUAAGCAAUACUGCACCAGAUACUCCAAAAAA